CCGGGGCGGGCCCGGGCUCGGGGGCGGGGAGGCCGCGGCGCCCGGGCCCAUUUCAUCGGCGGCGGCGGAGGGCGGCAGGAGCGGUGCGAUGGAGGGGAAGCAUCUGUGGGCUGCGGCGCUGGCGGUGGUGCUGGUGCUGACCCCGGCGCUGCGGGCUGACACGCCGGCUAAUUGCUCCUUCGCCGACCUUUUGGGCACCUGGGAGCUCCGCGUCUGGCGGGGCGGCGGCCGCCACGGCAACUGCUCCCAGGAGGGACCUGUGGAAAAAAAGGUGCUUGUGAGUCUUCAGAAGUUAGAUGUGGCUCAGGAUAGUCUGGGCAACUAUGGUUUCUUCACAUUGAUUUACAAUCAAGGCUUUGAAAUUGUGAUGAAUGACUACAAGUGGUUUGCAUUUUUUAAGUACAAAAAGGAAGGCCAGAAUGUAACCAGCUACUGUAAUGAGACUCUACCUGGGUGGGUACAUGAUGUACUUGGCCACAAUUGGGCUUGUUUCCGUGGGCAGAAGAUUUCUUCAUCUCCCUCUGAUGUCCACAUAAAUGAGCUACCUGUCCAGAAGGUCAGAGGAAGACUUUCAAGCAGGCGUUAUGUACACAAUGUUGAUUUUGUAAAUGCUAUCAAUGCUCACCAGAGGUCCUGGAGAGCAACAAGAUACAAGGAGUAUGAGUACUUCUCACUGGAGGAACUAACUAGAAGAGCUGGAGGUCUCCAUUCCAGAGCUCCAAGACCAAAGCCUGCACCCCUGACUCCCGAGUUACUCAAAAAAGUUUCAAACUUGCCAGACUCUUGGGACUGGAGAAAUGUGAAUGGUGUCAAUUAUGUCAGCCCUGUUCGGAAUCAAGGCCCAUGUGGCAGCUGUUAUGCAUUUUCCUCCAUGGGCAUGCUGGAAGCAAGAAUCCGUAUCCUCACAAACAACACUCAGAAGCCAAUCUUUAGUCCUCAGCAAGCUGUAUCCUGCAGCCAGUAUUCUCAGGGUUGUGAUGGUGGCUUCCCAUACCUCAUUGCUGGAAAGUAUGCCCAAGACUUUGGUGUGGUGGAAGAGGAUUGCUUCCCUUACACAGCCCAAGAUUCUCCAUGCACUUUUAAACGCAGCUGUUACCACUACUACACUUCUGAGUACCAUUAUGUUGGUGGUUUCUAUGGAGGCUGCAAUGAAGCACUGAUGAAACUUGAGCUUGUUCUGCAUGGGCCAAUGGCUGUUGCCUUUGAGGUUUAUAAUGAUUUCAUGCAUUAUAAAGAGGGGAUCUACCAUCACACUGGGUUGCAGGAUGACUUCAAUCCUUUUGAACUGACCAAUCAUGCUGUCUUGCUGGUGGGCUAUGGUACAGAGCCAGAAAGUGGUGAGAAGUUCUGGAUUGUGAAGAACAGCUGGGGCACCUCAUGGGGAGAAAAUGGUUACUUCAGAAUCCGCCGUGGCACUGAUGAAUGUGCAAUUGAAAGCAUUGCAGUGGCUGCAGCUCCUAUUCCAAAACUAUAAAUGCAGAGGUCUUCAUCUAAUGCCUGGUCCCCAACCAUAAGAACAUACUGAUUGGUAGAGACUGCAGUUAAAAUCUGUCCCCUCGCUUCAACAGGGGAGCUUUGAAAUUUUCCAGAAGAGAGCAAAUAGUUUCCCUAGGUGAGAGCAUCAACACUGUGAGCUCUGCUCUGUGCACUGAAGGUUUCCUCUCGAGUCUCAGAGCAGAUAACCCAGAAUGCAGUGAUUGUUUUGGUAUCAGUGGUGAUAGCUUUUCAUCACUGGGUAUACAUCUUCAGUCACCAAUUCAAUUUUCUUCCACGGGCAAUUUUGAACUUCAGAUCUCAGAGGGGAGGCACCUGCCAAGAUAAUCUGUAACCACUCAGAAAGGACACUGUAGUGCCUUACUUCUCAGAUAUCAAGUCACUGGAAUUUAGAAUAUAAGUGUGCAUUGGGGAGGGAAUAGGCAAUUGUGCUGAUUAAAAGGGAAUUUUAAAGCUCUUAAGUGGCCUGUAUAAACUGUAUGUCAAACCGUAUGACAAUAAAAAUCAAUUCCUGUAUUGUAGGCUGUUACUAAAUGUUCCAGUCCUGGGUUUCGUUGGUGUGCUUUGCAAUUGAUGAUCUCAGAGUUCAAUAAAAAUUACCCACUCCUCACACAGAAGGAGUUUGUACUUG